AUGGGGUCGGAGGAGGGCUUCGAUCAGUUCCUGGGCCAGCUGAGGCAGGCGGCGGCCCGGUGCCAGUUCGGCCAGCUGGACGACGCGCUCCGUGAUCAGCUGAUCGCUGGCUGUGCUCCUCGGCUACAGGAGCGGGUCCCGCAGCGGGCGGCGGAGCCUGAUGCUGAAGGCCUGACGCUCCAGCAUGUCGUCACCAUAGAGCACGGACCUGACGGUGCGUUAUGGGCCACCAUAGCGGAAGGCCUGACGCUCCAGGAUGUCAUCACCAUAGCGCACGCCGCGGAGCGCACGGACCGCUUCAUCAGCGAGAAGGAGCGGGGCACCCCCAAGGGCUCGGAGAGGGCCAAGGGUCCUCGAUGCUACCGGUGCGGGCAGCGGGGACACCUCAAGCGCGUCUGCCGGCAGCGGCCGGAAGCGCAAGUGCUGGCUGAGCACCAGGAGGAGACAGAGGAGCUGCGGGUGGCCGACACGCUGUCCAGGAUGCCGGUGGAGGGUCCGGAGGACGCCCGAGAAGAUGCGGAGGAAGAGGAUGAGCCACGUAACGGCUGUGUGCUGUUCGUGGAGGACAGCGGACCGGCGCUGACAGCGCGAGACAUCGCGGCUGGCACGCGCCGGGACCCGGUGCUGGCGAGGGUUCUGGCGGCCGCCAGAUCCGGCUGGGAGGCAGUGGUCGACCCCGAGCUCGUCCCGCACAAGACGAAGGAGGAGGAGAAGCUGUCGACGGAGGCCGGCUGCGUCCUGUGGGGCGGCCGCGUGAUCGUGCCGCGAUCACUCCGCUCCCAGGUCAAGACGAAGCUGAACAAGGGUCGCCUCGGCCAUGCGCGGAUGAAGCAGCUGGCUAGGCGUUUCGUCUGGUGGCCGGGCCUGGACAUGGAGCUGGAAACCCUGGCCAUAGGCUGUGCGGCGUGCGCGGCUAAGCGAGCUGAGCCGCCUCACUCAGUCCGUCACCCCUGGAAGCCAGCUGGCGGACCCUGGCAACGGGUGCAUGUGGACUUCGCCGGACCGAUCUACGGCAGCAGCUACCUGGUGCUGGUGGACAGUCACACCAAGUGGCUGGAGGUGGUGGUGGCAAUGAAGUCGACUAUAGCUGGGCGGACGGUGGCUGUUCUACGGGACGUCUUCGCACGACUGGGCCUGCCGCUGCAGGUGGUAAGCGACAACGGCCCUCAGUUCGUCGGCGAGGAGUUCAGCACCUUCUUGGAAGCCAACGACAUCCGGCACACCAGAGUCGCGCCGUACCAUCCAGCCUCAAACAGGUUGGCGGAGCGGGCGGUCGGCACGUUCAAGAACGGCCUGAAGGCGGCGAUGGAGGCGGGCAGCGCUGCUGAGCGAGCGCUGGCGACGUUCCUGCUGGCGUACCGCUCGUCGCCUCACGCCGUGACCGGGCGCACUCCAGCGGAGAUGAUGUGCGGCAGAGGCCUGCGGACCCGUCUCAAUCCGCUCAUCCCGAGUGCUGAUGCCACUCUGCACGUGGCGUGGGAGCAGCAACAGCAGUCUGCAGGAGAACGAGUCCGCGAGUUCCGGAUCGGCGGCCCGGUGUGGACGCGCGCCUACACUGCUGACGGCCUACAGCUGUAUAAGGUGCGCAUCCCGACCCACGUCAAGCACGGCGAAGACGUGAACCUGGCCUGCCUGUACGACCUGGAGGGCAAGGACCUCUACGCCAUCAAGUGGUACAAGGACGGAAAGGAGUUUUAUAGAUAUGAGCCAGCCACGGGACGGCCCAAGAAGAGCUUCCCGCAGCCGGGCAUCAAGGUCAAUAUCCUCGGUCGGUGA